AUGGUGUUAUUCUCCCCGCUUCUGAUAUUCGGAGGAUCUCAUUGGGUAAUCAGGAAAUUGAUUUUCAGACAAUGGGAACAAUUUCGUACUGUUUUCAGCUGCAAGCAAGAUGUCUUUUUUGCGUGGCAAUUAUGGGCGCGUACUGGGUGUUUGAAGCUCUUCCGCUAGCAAUCACGGCUUUCAUUCCAAUGAUUCUCUUCCCCAUGUUCGGAAUCAUGAGGUCAGAGGAGGUAGCUCGAGCUUACCUACCAGAUACGUGUUUCCUGUUCAUGGGUGGUCUGAUGGUGGCCCUGGCUGUUGAGAAAUGUGAACUUCAUGCAAGAAUCGCUCUGUUCGUGUUGAAAACAGUCGGAUCGGAACCUGCUCGAGUGAUGGCUGGAUUCAUGGGAGUGACUGGUUUUUUGAGGUUAGUUUUCGUAGUUUUUUGAAUGAAAAGAAAAGUGUAUAAUCACUGAACUAAAAAUCGAUAUAAUUUUACAGUAUGUGGAUCUCGAACACUGCAACAACUGCUUUGAUGGUUCCAAUUGUGCAAAGUGUCAUCACUGAACUUGUCUCAAAUCAUAGAAUGGAAGACUUGGUUGCUCUUAAUGAAGCCCACCAGAGUAACGCUCGGAAGCAGAGCGUUGGAAUGCGACGUCUAUCUUUGCCCAACGAGAACAUCGAGAUCAACAGAGAGUUUGUUCUUUUUGUCUUGAUUUGACAUGAUAACUGUAUUUUUCUUUAGUGAUAUGUCCACAGCCAUGUCGCCCAGAGAACAGAGAAUGGCCAAGGGACUCAUGUUGAGUGUAUGCUUUUCCGCAAACAUCGGAGGAGCUGCCACUAUCACUGGAACCGCUUCAAAUUUGGUUUUGAUCGGCCAAUUGAACGAGUUUGUUUGAAAUUCUGGAGGAAAUUAACGAAAUCAGGCUUACAGACUCUUCCCUGGCGCAGACACCGGUGUAAAUUUUUUGUCCUGGCUCACUUUUGCGUUCCCAAUGGUCUUUUGCUGCUUGUUGUACUGCUGGGGUGUUCUAUACCUUCUUUUCUUGCGUGGAGCACCAAAAGGAUCAAUAAUUGUGACCAGAAAGCUUCAACAAAAGUACAAUGACCUGAGUACCCUGUCCUUUGCCGAAAUAUCGGUCGUCUUUUGUUUCCUUCUGCUACUGCUGCUUUGGAUUUUGCGAGAGCCGCAAGUGGUUCCGGGAUGGGGAGAGUUGUUCCGUUCUGAGUGAGUGAUAGGUAUACCACUUUUAACUUUCGCUUUACGAAAAUUGUUGAAGGUUUGUUGAUGAUGCAACCAGCGCCAUGUUCAUAGUCAUUCUACUCUUCACGCUUCCUGAAAAACUUCCUAAUUUUCGAAGUAAUGGAAAAAUCAAAUGUUCUCUUCAAACGUACGUUUCAGGAAAAUCGAGUACAUGGAAGGCAAGCAGCGGACUUUUGGACUGGGCUACUGUGCAAGAUCGAUUCCCAUGGAGUGUCCUGUUUCUUCUGGGCGGGGGAUUCGCACUUGCGGCUGGAGUAAAGGUUUCUUAAAGAAAAAUAAUUUUGACCGCCUUAUACUAGUAAUAUUAGGAAUCUGGAUUGUCCCAUGAUAUCGGAGCAAUUAUGCGUAACCUGGACGUGUUCAAUCAUAACAUCAUCAUGCUCAUUUGCAUUGUCAUCAGUGUGACUCUUACAAAUGUCUGCUCAAACACAGUGAUUGCUUCCAUUUUUAUUCCUAUUGUGGCAGAGUUGGCAAGGUUUCGACAGUAGAAAAAACGCUCGUAGAUCAAUAUGUUUCCAGAUCACUCCAAAUUGAUCCAUUAAACUUCAUGCUGCCUGUUACAAUUUCUGCUUCGUUCGCCUUCCUGCUGCCAGUUGCUACUCCACCAAACGCCAUCGUUUUUGGAUCAGGAUAUCUGAAAGUCUCCGACAUGGUUUGACAAACGAAUAAGUUUAUGCAAUUGGCAAAAUCCUCAUUUUUAGUUUAUCGCGGGGUUAUGCUUGACUAUCGGCUGUGUUAUCCUCUCCAUGCUAAACAUGCUGUUAUGGGCUGGAUUCGUGUUCAACCUUCACUUGUUCCCACAAUGGGCUGCCAAUCCGUCGCCACCAUUGGAUGUGGAGGAUUGGUUAGAACAGAACAACAUUACUCUCCUCACCACCCUCAAGCCAUGA